CCUAACCUUAAAACAUCGGCGUUCUCACAUUGAAGCAGCACGCGUGUUGCUGCAUAAUAUUUUGGUGAUAUAUUUAAGGGCUUACAUUCGUUAGAUUUUCAAUGGCAUAUUGGUUUCAACAUUACCGGAGCCACUGAACUAUUUGUUUUUAACAGUUUGAGAAAAUAUUCAUUUAAAAUCGCAGUGAUUUUAUUAAGAUUGUCGCAACAUGGCAGACAUUGAAAUGUUAUCUCCUGCGAGGAAGGAUAAGAAGAAGAAAAUUAAACAAGAACCAGGAGCACAAAUUGAAAAUUUAGGCGAAAUUCAGAAGUCUGGUGAUUUUCAGAUUCAAGCUUCAACAGCUAUUCCAAAAUUGGACACUUCUCAAUGGCCUUUGCUGUUGAAAAAUUUUGAUAGACUAAAUGUCAGAACUAAUCAUUAUACUCCUUUGCCAUUCGGAUCAUCACCAUUAAAUCGCAAAAUAAAAGAUUAUGUGACAUCAGGAUUCAUAAAUUUAGACAAACCAUCAAACCCAAGUUCCCACGAAGUGGUCGCAUGGAUUAAGAGAAUAUUGAAAGUAGAAAAGACUGGCCAUUCUGGAACGUUAGACCCCAAAACAUCGGGUUGUCUUAUUGUUUGUAUUGAUAGAGCAACUAGAUUGGUCAAAAGUCAGCAGAGUGCCGGUAAAGAGUACGUAGCGGUUUUCAAAUUACAUUCAGCAGUGGAGAGCAUUGCGAAAGUCUAUCAAGGAUUAGAAAAACUACGGGGUGCACUGUUUCAGCGUCCUCCUCUAAUUUCUGCAGUUAAGCGUCAAUUGCGAGUGCGUACCGUGUACGAAUCUAAACUUCUUGAUUAUGAUGAACAACGAAACAUGGGAGUGUUUUGGGUUAGCUGUGAAGCUGGGUCUUAUAUCCGCACGAUGUGUGUCCAUUUGGGUCUCAUCACUGGGGUCGGUGGUCAAAUGUUGGAACUUCGUCGUGUACGCUCUGGAAUUCAAUCUGAAAUGGAAGGAAUGGUAACGUUACAUGACGUGCUAGAUGCUCAGUAUCUUUACGAAAAUCACAAAGACGAAUCUAUGCUUCGAAGAGUUAUUAAACCUUUAGAAGGUUUGCUGGUUGGUCACAAGCGUAUUAUCAUGAAGGACAGCUCGGUGAACGCCGUAUGUUAUGGAGCCAAAAUCAUGAUUCCUGGAGUACUCCGUUACGAAGAUGGUAUCGAGAUGGAUCAAGAGAUAGUGAUUGUAACAACUAAGGGCGAAGCCGUAGCGCUGGCCAUUGCGUUGAUGACAACUGCCACAAUGGCUAGCUGCGAUCAUGGCGUAUGCGCCAAAAUCAAACGCGUUAUCAUGGAACGUGAUACCUAUCCACGCAAGUGGGGUCUUGGACCGAAGGCUUCCAUGAAAAAGCAACUCAUUGCCAGUGGAAAACUCGAUAAAUAUGGCAAACCCAACGAUAAGACUCCCAAAGAAUGGUUGACAGGUUUUAAAGAUAUUCCUGUUUCGGCUCCUUCCAAGGAAUCAAAUGGAACAGAAGGUGAUGAACUGGCAGGUGGGAAGCGCAAACUAAGCAUCGGUAGUGCGGCUGACAAUUCAAUGGAGACCUCUGCUAUUGAGGCUGACGUUGGCGAGAAGAAAAAGAAGAAGAAGAAAAAACACAAAAAGGACGAUGAGGCACCCGAAAACAUCGAACCCUCCAUAGAAGUUGAAGCUGAAGCUACCACAGAGUCCGCCGAAUCCAGGAAGGAAAAGAAGAAAAAGAAAAAGGAUAAAAAACAACUAGAAGCGGUAGAGUAAAUUCUUCACUAACAAGCUUACGCUUUCCAAAAGUCGAUUGUCUAGCUGUAGUUGCUGCCUCGUCCUCAUUAGCCAUAAACAGAGUGCAUUUGCUAAUUUCGAUGAUCCAACUACGCUAUUAAAAUGAACUUUGUGUUUGUUAUCCCUAAGUGCUUCAAUUGAAUUUUAUUGAUUUUACGCCUUGAAUUGGUCACAAACAUUCGAUUUUACAGUAAAAGAACAUGUAAAGACCAAAUGCUUGGUAACCCCAGCACACUUUCAAUCACAUCAUGGUUAGAUGGUGUAAUAAAAUAGAUGCAAAGCAAUGCCAAAUUAUGUUUUGGCGAAUCAUAAACUAUUCAACAGUACACUAUGUUGUACCUAACUGGAUAUAGGUACAAGUCAAACUAUUGUUUCAGUUAGAUUUUUUUUAAAUGAAUGAAGAAAUAUAUAUUCAUUAUUUGUAAAACCACAA